AAAACUCGCUGACACAGUAGGGAAAAGCAAGAGGGAACUUUAGGAGGGCAGGUGGGGGGUGUUCCGGGCUAAGAAUGAGAUGACACAGUUGAUGCUAAAAGGAGCUCGGCCGCUGAAUCACUUCUCCAGUGAUUGAACAACCUGCACACGUGAGUUUAUUGUGGCUACAGAGAUGCAGAUGGUGAUAUGAGGUUCAUUAGAUAUUAUUAGAGACGGGCUAGCCUGCUGCUUUCUCUGAUGAAGUGCCGUGAACAGGAGGAGUCCUUCAGGCCGCAAUGAUAGAAACGGCUCACUCCGCUGCUUAGCUUCCAGGUUUUUGCUUUUUUGGCAGCCGUGCGGGCACUAAGCCUCGUCUGUGCAAGGACUCAAGGAGCCACUUGGUUUUUGAUUCAACUUGCCAGACGACAGAUGAGUUCUGUGUUCCUUAGAGGUCACACUGCACAAAAGAAACAUUGAGCUUUUUAUGGCAAUAUUUGCGCCGAAGAUAGAGAAAAGACAACACCUCUCUCAUGCAAUCCGUCGUGUUUGGACUCUUCAAAGAGCUAUCUUAUUGUCAGUGUUUCUCAUUUGUGACUAGGUGGAGAACAGAGAGGGUAAAGAGUUGUGUGCAGCAGCUUUAAAAGAGCACAGCCAACGUCACAAUGUCUAAAACAGAGAAGUGAGCGGUUUAGAGAAGAACUUUAAGGACACAACUGAUGAACUCAUCUGACAUGAAUGAAGGAGAAACAACUUCUGUCUAUGUCUUCUGAAGUACAGAAGAGACAAAUUUAACUAAAUAUUUGUUGGAUUAUUUUCUUAAAAAACACAACAUAACAAACUAACAAGUUGGUCAGGAUGACAUGAGAGAAACCACUAGGCUCAAAAUAGAUGCUAAAACGAGAAGUGUGAAGUGGACACACGGAGAGAGAGCGCCAAAGAGAGAAGUACAGAAGUAAACCAGCAAGUGGAACAUGAAACAAAUCCACUUAAAUUUGCAGUAAACAACAGAAGUGUUGCAGACGACAGCAGCAGGGAGGAGAGCUAAAGGAACACUUGAGGGGAAACACGGGGGCUCAUGGGAAACCUCCUGAAAGUGCUGGCUUGCACCGAACUUGAGCAUGGCCCAAUAGUUUUCCUUGACUUUGAACAUGCCCAGCCCACCGAGGCGGAGACGGCCGUGUGGAACCAGGUCAGUGCCGUGCUGGAGGAGGCUCACGGGAUACUGGCAGAGCUGCAGUCUUAUAAUGGAGCAGGACAGGAGAUACGAGAAGCUAUUCAGAACCCAGGUGACCUUGCGCUACAGGAGAAGGCCUGGAACGCAGUCUGCCCCCUGGUGGCUAAGCUGAAGCGCUUUUAUGAAUUCUCUCUGCGAUUGGAGAAUGCACUCCGCAGCCUGCUGGAGGCGCUGACGAGCCCUCCGUACGCCCCCAUGCAGCACCUAGAGAGAGAGCAGGCGCUGGCCAAGCAGUUUGCUGAGAUUCUUCAUUUCACUCUUAGUUUUGACGAACUGAAGAUGACUAAUCCGGCCAUUCAAAAUGACUUCAGCUACUACAGGAGGACCAUCAGCCGGAACCGGCUGAACAACCAGCAGCUGGAAGCAGAAAACGAGGUGAACAAUGAGAUGGCCAAUAGGAUGUCAUUGUUCUACGCGGAAGCAACGCCCAUGCUGAAGACGCUGAGCAAUGCCACCACCAAGUUUGUGUCAGAGAACAAAACAUUGCCCAUCGAAGACACCACAGACUGUCUGAGCACCAUGGCUUGCGUGUGCCGUGUAAUGCUGGAGACCCCGGAGUAUCGCUGUCGGUUCACCAACACAGACACCAUGCUGUUCUGCAUGAGGGUGAUGGUGGGUGUCAUCAUCCUCUAUGACCACGUGCACCCUGUUGGGGCAUUCGCUAAAACCUCCAAAAUCGAUAUGAAGGGCUGCAUCAAGGUGCUCAAAGAGCAACCGUCCAACAGUGUGGAGGGUCUGCUUAACGCACUGAGGUACACAACACGACAUUUAAACGACGACAGCACCUCCAAACAAAUCCGAGCUCUCCUGCAAUGAAGAGGAGGCCAGCAGCGGACAGGAGGACACACUUGAAGAAAGAGGAAAGACAAGUGUGCGGGAAGAAACGACAGUGGCUGAUGAACCAGUUUGUUUACAAUGAACAAAUUAGAGCUCAAACCUGAUGACAAUAAUAAGAAGAGGAAAGUAAUUAUAUAUAUAGUCAGCUGUCCAUCAUUCUGUCUCUCAUUUUGUAAAGUAAGGAAAGCCAGAAGUAUAGAUAUAUAUUAAGAAAACACUCACAGAGGAGCUAGAAAUGAGAAGAUAUAUUGCUAAUUGAAAGGUCAGAGGUACAACAGAAGGUAUUUUUGCACACAGUUGAUGGACUAAACCUUUUUCCCAUGAUACGACACCUAAAACUGAGUCGUGCCGGUAGCGCCUCCUUCUUCAGCUGCACUGAUCUCCAGGUGGUGAAGCAGUGUGAUGGACAAACUCCGGAGAUUUGCUUCCACCAUUUUUUUUUUUUUACGUCAGUGCAGACGGAGAAGGAGACGACAGGCGCCAGAGUGUGAGGUUUUCUUUUUCUAACGCGGUUGUUCCACCAUGUAGUUGCUGCCAUCCAUCCGUAGGAAGUUUGUACUCUACGAGGCAGCACAAACUAUUGCUCCCUGUCCACAUUCUGUAGGGCUCGAUGAUUCAUUAGGAAUCAAAAGUUAAAUACCUUCAUGAGAGAAUCCUGCACCGUGGUACUGAUGAGGUGAUGUUCCUGCUGCCGUGUUUAAUUUAUUGAAGCCAGUUUUUACCUAACAUUGCCAUGAAAGAAUGUCGGACAAGUUUUAAACAUCAAAGCCCUGAAUGAUACUCCACGAUUGUCAGACGGUGUCUCUAUGUUGUUGCACCUGAAAUCAGAAUGACAUCGAACCACUCGCUAUCUGCUCCCUGUGCACAGGGUUCUCAAAUAUUUUAACUUUUGAUCCUUACUGGAAUGUUAACUGGACAAUGCAAUGGUGCUGGGGAAGCUCCUCACUCGUAGAGGACAGCAGACACGGUGGAAUUUGAGAACUCGCAGCACUCAUUUACACAUGCAGCAAGAGGUGGUCGUUGAUUUAGUGAAGAAAUAAUUCUCAAAAUCCGCAUUGAGUCUUUAGGUUUGAUGACACAAGUGGGAAGUAAAAAUUCUGAUUUGCUUCAAAGAAGAUGGAAAAAAAAAAUAAAGUGCUGGUCUUUGUCGCCCUCAGCCUCAAUGCUCAUCUGAUGGCCUGAUAUAUUUUCUAUACAGGAGUAUGUGCACAUGCAUACUCUGUAUCAAUAUUUAGAUGGCAUGUAGUAAAGGUCGGACAGAAACAUGUAAAUAAGGUGUUUUUAUUCAUUUUUAAUUGUCAGUGAUGCUGAGAUGGGUAUGUGUUGUCUCCAUGCGUUUGGCUCGGACCAUUGGUCUUCGGUUCCUGAAGUUCUGCUUCAUUGUUGUGAAUGAACGCUGAGGGGGAGCGGGACGAGGAGAGGAAAAGGGUUAGGGGCGGGCGUUCCAUUUUGCUUGUUAUUUUGUACAUUUUGUGCAACAAUAAACUUGUCAUUGACUACAUUCAACCGGUGUGUGCUUGUUAAUGAGAUCAGAACUAUAUAUAUAUAUAUAUAUAUAAUCUGGUAGCCAUGUCGGCCACUGAGAAGAUGUAAUGCGCUCGCAGCCCAACAGGGGGCAGUAAACCCUUCCUAAAUGAGUAGGUGCAAUCCAGUGCCUCAUCAUUCCUUUUAAACCUCUUAGGGACAGACUCACUCCUCACUCCUGUGGUGUAACAUAUUGUAAUGGUUAGGAUGUGUGUGUGUUGGGGAUCUCGCGAGAGUGGUGAGGUGC